GCGGACUCUGCGCCUUCUUCGCGGCGCUCAGGGGGCGUGGAUGCGGCGCGGUGGGAGGAGCUUCGACCUCAGCCUUGGGCGCUGCCGGCCUCUCCCCUCCCCUGCGCCUGGGCUCCUUCCAGCCUCCCCGAGGAGCGCACACCCGCUCUGCCCAGCCGGCCGGGACGGUGGCGUCUGCCCUGCUCCCGCGCUGGACCCUCUGUCUGCCGGGGGCCCAGAAUCGGGGGCGUCGUCGCAGUCCCCGGGCGCCCGGGCAGGCGGAGGCCUAGCCUUUCCCUUAGGCUGGGAGAUGCGCUCGCAACCACUGACUUCGGAGAGGCGUCCCGGUUCGGAUCUGGGGACCUGUGGACCGCGAGGAGCUGCCGCGUCCCGUCUGGCUCCGGGGACACCCACGCAGCCCGCCGUCGCCAGGCACAGCUGCCCCCUGGGCCUCCCCGGCCUCCGCCUGCGGCUUCCGCACGAGGGCGCAUCCGCUCCUGCUCCAGGCCGGGCCCUGCUCCCCGGAAACGUGGGAAUCUGCCCGGCGCGGGCGGCUCCCGACUUCGGCCCCUCCCGGCUCCCUUGGGAACGCAGGACCCAAGCCCGCCCGAGCCUGCCGGCUGGGACUCCCCGAAGCCUUCCCCGGCCCCGUGAACGGGCAGCACGGCCUCCUAACUGCAGACCAAACCGGCGCCCUGUUCCCCUCCCAACGGAGCCCCGCCCAGCCGCCGCGCGGUCUCCCCCUUGUCCUGCCCACGCCUGAGCCCGACAGGGCGCCCUUGCUCCAUUCAAGCUCCCAUGUGCCUGCGAGUUUGCGCGAUGCGCACGGACCACGCGCGUUUCCCGAGAGCCAGGGCUGUGUGUGCUGGACUUCGGGUGGCCCAGAGCUCCGGGAGGGGCUUCGAGGCGCAGAGGUGAGGGAGGGGGUUGCAUCCUGACACCGGUUUGUCUCAGGGCCUGGGUGAGUUAGAGCGGGCACAGAGGCUGGGAGCUGGGUCCCUCCACACCCGGGCUCGCUGGAGGCCUCAACCUGGAGCGCUGGAUGGCCCUGGAGUCCUGAGGUGCGAAGGCGAGGGCACCAAGGCUCCUUUUUGGCCGUAGGUUGAAAAGGGUGCACUGAUGCAGCGGUUUCUGAGAGGAUAACACCUCGCCCCCUCUGGGCCAGGCUGGGCCACCCCCAGGACCCAGCCAGGGGCUGGCAUUGCUCCUGGCUUAAGUUAGAAACACAGCGCCUCUGCAUCUCAGGGCCUGGCCUGUGCUCCAGGCAGGACCUGCACCCAAACCGGGUUUCUGAUCCCAGUUGCGACUUCCUUCUUGGUUUUUUUUGGCAUUUCACACUUGCCCUCUCCUGCCUGCUGGUUCCAGGGGUCAGAGCUUCGGAAGCCCCCAGCACUGCAGUACUUCUGGGUUCCUUGUCUCGGAGCACAAGGCUCCCCCGGGUUCUGCGGGGGCCCCUGAGUGUGGGCAGCAGUCCCAGCCCGGUGACUCCCACAGCGGCCGUGCCGGCCGCAGCACCUUCAGUGCCCUUCUUGGUCCCCGCCGGCAGGGCCGUCUUGGGCACUUCUGCAGCCACCUGCGGACCUCUCCCCUCCCUCCGGUGUUUGGCAUCGCUCCACGUUGUACUCAGUGAGGUGCUAAUUCAGUUAUCACAGUGUUUUCUUUUUUCCUUUAAAAGAAUACUCCACAGAGAUCAAAAACCCAAACUGGUCCCGCUAAGUGCCCGCCCCAGUCCUUGGUGAGAAGGGCAGGGGACAACUUGGUUGGGGUCAACCUCACUCAAAGUCUAAUGUGUGCUACAUGUAAAGUGAGACCAGAGUAGGGGUGCCUGCACCCUAGGGCGGGUGUGGGGGAGGCAAUAGGCUUCCCAAAUGCUUAAUGUAAUCACAGGCCAGCUGCGUGCACUUGUAAAGUUGUUAUAACCCCCCUCCUUGUUAUAAACAGGAAAGCACAGAAUAUAAAGCAAAAGACCCGCAUUCACAAAUACCCGCUCUCCCCGCCAGCUGCCAGAUUCCCCUUUUAUGGUGCUCCUAGCUGGUGACCUUGGCCCCUCCAGGAGACCUUACUCCUGCCCCAGCUCUGCACAGGUUCAUUCUGAAGCCUUUCUUGAGGGAGCUCAGGUGCCCAGACCCUCAGUGUCCCCUUCAGAGAGGCUGAGCUCCUGGGGUCCACCCCUUCCCCUGCUCCCUGGGGCCCUGGGCUAUGGGGCCCUGGAGAGUGCCUGCCUGGGACAGGGUGACUGGGUGGCCCAGGACCUCUCCAGGGAGGACUGCGUUGCCCCCUGCUCAUCAGGACCCACGCCUCCCAUCCAUCCUCCCUCCCUCCCGCUGCUGCUGCUGCCACUGCUGAGGUAUAAAAGGUUUCAAGGACCCCAGCAAGCGUUUGCAGGGCAGGGCUAUCGUCACAUCUCCUAUUAGGCCGGGAAGAAGAAAAGACCUUUUGUGGGAGGCUCCGGGUUAUGGGGCUCCCCGAGCUAGCAGUAAAAUGCAGCCUGUGCUCCCCGCCCCCAGCUCCAUCCCUCCUUCCUGGCCCCGCGGACCAGCGGAGAGCGCACAUCCUGCCUCGCUGACUGUGUGUGCUUACAGCGUCAAGGGGUGGACGUGAUAUUUCAAACAUCAGAUCAGUGCGUUUAUAUAUUGGGUGCCCGGAAAUUUUUCCAAAUAAACACAGCUUGAUUCAACUUGGGUGGGCGGACUUAUCAACAGACUAAUUCUAUAAACAAAUGAAGGAAUAGCCCCGAAAACGAUUGGUUGGUAUCAAAAAGACACGUGGAGGGAAAAGCUUGGAGUUUUUCAGCAAUGAAAUUUUAAUUAAUGUGGGUGGGCUGAGAACAUAACGACUGUUUAUCAUAGACAAUUUAUUUUCCAGGGCUAAGUCAACAUAUAAUAGCAAACUUACAACAAUUAUUUAACAUUUUUAAAGCCAUGAAGAAGGGACAGAGCGUGCAGCGGCUGGGGAGAGCGGCAGAGCGGAGGGCCGAGGCACGGAGGGCUGCCCUGGAGGGCCCUCAGGCAGGGCGCAGUCCCUAACCCUCCAGGGUCCCCUGGCAGGACCAGCCGCCUCUGCUCCUCGCUCGCCAUGAGCCACCUCUUUGGUCCCCGGCUGCCGGCUCUGGCCGCCUCACCCAUGCUCUAUCUGUACGGCCCGGAGAGACCCGGGCUGCCGCUGGCCUUCGCCCCCGCGGCUGCUCUGGCUGCGUCGGGCCGGGUGGAGCCGCCCCAGAAGCCGCCCUACAGCUACAUCGCGCUCAUCGCCAUGGCCAUCCAGGACGCGCCCGAGCAGAGGGUCACGCUGAACGGCAUCUACCAGUUCAUCAUGGAGCGCUUCCCCUUCUACCGCGACAACAGGCAGGGCUGGCAGAACUCCAUCCGCCACAACCUCUCGCUCAACGAGUGCUUCGUCAAGGUGCCGCGCGAGAAGGGGCGGCCGGGCAAGGGCAGCUACUGGACGCUGGACCCUCGCUGCCUGGAUAUGUUCGAGAACGGCAACUACCGGCGCCGGAAGAGGAAGCCCAAGCCGGGAGCCCCGCGCCCCUGCGCUGGCCGGGGCCCGAGUGCCGGGACGAGGACGCGGGCGACGCAGUGCAGGGCGCGGUGGCAGCUGCGAUCUUCCCGCCAGCGCCAGCGCGCACGGCGGAUGGCCCGGCGUCCCCUCCGCGCCCCACCUCCCGCAGCUCUCCCAAGAGCUCCGACAGGUCCAAGAGCUUCAGCAUCGACAGCAUCCUGGCGGGAAGGCAGGGCCAGAAGCUGGCCGGAGGGAGCGAGGUCCCGGGGGCCGCCAAGCCGGGGCCCGGAGGGCUGGGCUCCUCGCUCCUGGUCGCCUCCUCCGGACUCCGGCCGCCUUUCAACGCCUCCCUCAUGCUCGACCCGCACGUCCAGGGUGGCUUUUACCAGCUGGGGAUCCCUUUCCUCACCUACUUCCCUCUGCAGCUCCCUGACCCGGCGCUGCCCUUCCAGUAAGCCGGCGGCGCGCGCUCCUUCCCUGCCCACGCAGUCGGAGCCUCCUCGGAGCCACCGCCGGCGCCCGCGGAUGAAGGGAGGGCGCACGUUCUUCUGAAAAUGAUCUUCUCUGGGUCCCGGGCAGCGCUGCUGCGGGCAAGUGGGCGCGCUCUGGGCCAGCACGCAGCGGCUUCGGGGAUUGUAAAGACCCCUCCUGCCGGCGACUUGGGCACCCGAAAAGUCCACCGUGGGCACGCGCAGAACGCCCUGACCCUAGGGGCGCCUGAUCGUGUGACCCCUGUGCCGGCAUUAAGGCCCAGGCCACCCGAGAGCAGGACCCACAACCCCAGGGGUCUUUCCUACCAGAAAGCACAGAGUGCCCUUAGAGCGCCUGCCUGGUGGGUGCGCAGAGCUCGGUCCCCUCUGCAGGGCAUCGGGUUCUCGGGAGGCACAGGCCCUGGUUACCAUUUGUGACCCAGGUGAGGGUGGAGGCCAAGAAACCACCAAGAGCAGUAUUUUACACAGAGAAUUUUCCUCUUAAUUUCUUUCUGGACAGUAAAAGAAACAUGGGUUAUUCUUUGCCUAAAUAUCUGACUCUUUCCUUUAAGGACUAACAGCUUCCAGUAAGGUGCACCUGUGUAACUCCUAGUAGGUGCACCCUUGUCGCCUUGUGAUAGCUCUUGAAUGAGCAUUUGAGUGUUCGGAAGCAUCUGUACCCGGUAGCCCACACCCAGCUUUUGCUUUCUUUUUAAGGGCUAGGGAAAUUUCACUGGCUGUAGGGAGGGUGUGAGGGAAGGGAAGACGGCACAGAUAACCUCAGUUUUUUAUUACCGUGGCUUAUCAAGCUGAGGUUUGGUUUUGGCAAAUUUUCCAGAAUCACGUAAUGAAGGACCUCAUUUAACCAGAUGAUCUGAGCGAGACAGACACAAAGCGGGAAGAGCGCGGGGUCCUUAAGAUUGGGAAGAGUGAGAGAGCUGGAGUGCGGGGAGGAUGCUCCUCAGGCCGUUCCCAGCCUCUGUGUCCCUCGGGGGCUGGUGGGCUAUGGGAGGGUCUGCAGUUGAGACCCGGGUAAGAAGUGGAGAUGUUCCCGGUCCCGCCACUGUGAAGCCGUGGAGGACAUCCUCCCAGGCCCUGGGCUCCUGUGAGUUCUGAAAUUUGAUAUCCUGAACCCUCAAGGCGCCUUCCCUGCAUCUUCUGUAGGGAAGGUGUAAGACAUCAGGAGCUCUUGGGCCUCCAGGAAUGGUUUGAGUCCUUCCCAGGGCUCCUAGGAAAAUGAUCACUGACUUUAAGUCAACAGGA